GGACAGACAAAUCGCAGGCAGCAGAGGGUAGACGAAAAGAGGGACAUCUUGACAAACUAAUAUAACUCGUCAAAAAUGUCGGGACGAUCAGUACGGGCGGAGACAAGAAGCCGUGCAAAAGAUGAUAUCAAGAAAGUGAUGGCAGCGAUCGAAAGGGUCCGUAGAUGGGAGAAGAAGUGGGUUACUGUGGGUGACACAUCCUUGCGGAUCUUUAAGUGGGUCCCUGUAACAGAGACCAAACAGAUAUUUAAGUCGAAAGGGCCAGGUGGGACAGUGAGGGAACUGAAAGGUUUUCCUACAGAUGUGGUACUGGAAAAUGCUCGUUCAGUCUUACUGGAUUUCCAAGAUGACAACAGCAACCUAAGCUUCAUGUCGGAUGCAUAUCAGUCUAACAACAAGGUGGGCAGCAGCAGUAACUCCAGCCCGCUGCACGCUAGCGGAGCAGUCAGCCCCAGCCACGCAGCCUACUACCGCACAGAGGACUCCCAGCCUCCCACCCUGGGACAGGAGACCAUGGAGGAGCCGUCAGUGAUCAGCAGUGAACUGACAGACGAACCACCGACUCUGAUAAAAGAGGAUUUGCUACCCCUGUCUGCUCAGGAAGACGAAGAAGUGGCAAUUGCUCCACCAUUGAAAAGAGUUUGCACAGAGGAAAAAUCAGGUCUAAGUUAGUAGCUCUGUGAUGAAGUUAGGUUUCCUGGGCACAUUCAACUGAAAUGGGCAGCCAUUUUGUCCUCUAAGUGUCUGCUGGCUGCAUUUGAACUUGACAAGGAAAGAAAACGUCAUCUCAUAGAGGUGAUUUUCUAAAAUUAGCACGUGAUUAUAAAAAGAAAUACAAAACUAUAAAUAGCUGAAAGGCACAAGCUCUAAAAUGCUUGGAAUGCCAUUUUUCCCAAAGGUUUGAUAUUUCUGUAACAAAAUAUUUACUUGAAGGAAGUCUUUAGUGUUGCAUUUACUGUAUAUACAAAUGAACUUGAGAGGAAACGUAAACAGUAUAAUGUUUCAUGGUGUAAUGUGCAUUUCAAGGCAUUUAAGUUCCUAUUUGUACCAUGUUUUCUUUUGGCUUUUAUAUAAUAGUGUUUAGCAAAAUAAUUUCUUUCAGUCCCAUUGUAUUUGUGGAUUUAUUAAAUUGUUUUAUUGCAUGCAAAAAAAAAGAGAGAAAAUUACAUUUUUAAGGCCCCUGUCUAUAAUGGCCAAAACAGCAAACACACAUAUUUAACAAGUCAGAUUUAUUGGUUAACAAGCUAACUUCAGCAAAGGUUGAGUUCAGCUUAAUAUAAUUAUUUUAGGAUGGACUCAGGUAGAGCUGCGCAGCAUAUAAUUUGUAAAUUAUUAUCAGAGUACUGGCCAUUGUAACACUGAUAUCACAAAAUGCUGCAUCAUGCACAUUUUAAUUGUGUGCUCUGAACAUCCAGCCUCACAUGCUCCAGGUGUUCUGUGGUUGUUUUGCUGGAUCACAGCAUUCACACAAUCCAACAAAUGUGAAUCAUUUUGGUGAAGAAAAAAUGCAGGCCACUCUUUAACAAUCAAGGCUUUACCGCUGUGUUUUUAAUAUAUUGCAGGGCAUAACACUGUAUUUAGCAAUAUGAUCACGUUAAAGUGUUUCUGUGCAUACAGUGCAGCCUUGACUCAGGUCCUGUAAACUAAACUAAAGGAAAAAGAUAGCUUGUUAGCUGAAAAUCUCUGCCCUUGUAGUACAAACUCUUGCAGUACACCCUAAGAGUGUACUGAUAGGGGAGUGGCCAUAGUAAAUAUGCAGUGUAUUGUGUGGUGCACACAGUCAUUCAGACCUACUCAUGCUUUUUGCAGCACUGACCAGCCACUUGCAGUGAUACCGCAUUGUUGCUUUAGUGCAUAUACAAUAUUUUAUAUAUAGUAAUGAGUCGAGGUGGCCAUUUGCAGGCUUACAUUACAAGGAUGAAGGUCUUUAUGUUUUACAUGCCUUGUAUUUUAUUGUAUAUAUGAUGGUAUUUCCAUUGUCUUUGUAAAAAUAUUUUGCUAUAGAAAAAUAAAAGUUGGUGAUGAUCAGACUAUAA